CCCCGGUUGGUGGAGUGCUUAGCGAAGGCCAUCGAUCGCCACCGAAAACCUCCCUCUAUCUCGUCUCGGCUCGCCUCGCCCACUAGCCCGUCCGUCCGUCCGGCUGACGAUGCCGCCGAUGGCGACCACGACGGCGACGGCGACGGCGACUGACUCCGCGGCGCGCCGCUUCGCCUCGGCCUGCGGCGUGCUCAGCCAGUACGUCAAGGCGUCCGGCGUCCAGGAACCCGGCUAUCAGGCGGACGGGGCGCAGCAGCUGACGAUCUUCUACGGGGGGAGGGUGGUGGUGCUCGACGGCUGCACGCCGGCCAGGGCCGCCGAGCUGAUCCGGUUCGCCACGGCGGCGGCGGCGGCCUCGCAGGGAGCGCCUGUCGUACAGCCGCCUGCCCCGGCGUUCGUCGACAUGCCGAUCGCGAGGAAGGCGUCGCUGCAGCGGUUCCUGUCGAAGCGCAAGGACAGAUCCGCCCCGGCCCCGGCCCCAGCCCCCGAGGGUCCGCCGUACGCGCAUCAUGAGGAAGUGGCGCCGCCCAAGAAGAAGGGCAAGACGGAAGCUUCUCCCUGGCUCGCCCUGGGUAGCUUAGGGGACAUGCACGCGCCGUGAAUGAUCGCCUCAACAUGCACGGCAACGUUGGUACAUCGAGCUGUGAUCAAGUCGAGAGUUGAAUUAACCCUUACUUCCGUAGCACGGUCUUACCAUUGAUCAAUUCAAGCCACAUGUCGUGGCAUCCAUGCUCGCUGAAGAGCGCGUUAACAUAAUCGUAGUAGCCAUCGAUUUAACCCAUGCACUAAGUUUCUUAUUUUAUUUAUGUUGUAUGAACCGCAUGUUGCCAAGUUGCUCGCCUCAUAUAUACGGAUGCGCCA